AUGGCUUGUGUGAACUACAGUGACAUGUCUGUCACAGAGGAUAUGUUGAUCUAUUUUGUGGCCCACUGCCACAAUAGCAACCUCUCUUACGCAACCAUCAAGCUAUACCUAUGUGGAAUUAGAUUUAUGUGCUUACAGAAAGACAUACCUUACCCUAGUAAUGCUAAUCUAGCCUGUAUGCAGGCCGUCCUUGGAGGGGUGAAACGUGGGCGCGUGAAAACAGUUAAACCAAGAUAUCCAAUUACAUUUAACAUUCUAAGAAAUAUAUGUGGUUAUUUGCGUAAGAACUCGAACUCCUUUUGUGACCUCAUGUUAGAAACUGCUUGUACAAUAGCCUUUUGGGGGUUUUUGAGAUGUGGCGAGUUUACGGUGAAAUCCAAUUUUGACUCUAACGACAAUCUUUGUGUAGAGGACAUGACAAUCGCUAACGACUAUGUACUUCUAUAUCUGAAAAAGUCGAAAACGGAUCCUUUCAGAGAAGGAAUCAUGUUGAAGCUCUUUAAAACGAACAAAUUUGUAUGCCCACAUUGUGUAUGUAGCAAGUAUAUGGAAAGUCGCCAACGGCAGACGCCCUCCCCAAAAGACCCAUUAUUUGUGACAGUCGACGGACAACCCUUGACUAGAAAAGUUUUCAUUACUAAACUGCGGCAUGUACUGGAAUGCUUAAAUAUAAACUCUGACUUGUACAAUGGGCACUCCUUCCGAAUAGGAGCGGCCACAUCUGCAGCAGCAGUGCAUAUCGAGGACCAUCUUAUCAAAGUGCUGGGUAGGUGGUCCUCUGACGCAUAUUGCAGGUACAUACGAACACCACAAUCCACGAUCAGGGACGCUCAAAUUGCACUAACUGCUACGUAUCCAUAG